AUAAAACUACUUGAAGAGAAAAAAGAAAGAAAGAACCAAAAAAAAAAAAAAAAAAAGUGGAGAUUACUCUGUUUUUCUUUGUUCCUCAAAUUUUGUCUUGUUGAUUUUCUCUCUGUUUCCAUGCUUCCAAUCGCCAAAUUUUUUUGCAGCAUCGUCCAGUUUCCUGGAAGUGAUUCCACUGGAGAUGAUUGUUGCGGUUGGAUCGACGAAUUUGACGGAGAAGGAAUUUGUUUACCAGUGACAUUGAUUUGAUUUUAGCUGAUCGUCUUUAUAAAUUCUGUUGUUGUUGUUGUUGUUGUUGUUGUUGUUUUCACUGGAUUGAUUUUGUUGUUUCUGGAAAUGGAGUCUGUCAGUUUCUGCGAUAUAAGAACGGAGAGGAUGAACACAAUUCUUAAGUAUCGACAGCUCAGGAAAAUUGCUAACCUGUUUCGGUUCAUCGAGCUGUGUUUGAUUCUCGUCGUGAUCUCGAAAUUAUCUAUCCAUCUGCCGAGCGCCUUCAAGAAUUUUGGAGAGUACUUCCGGUGCUUGUCGAUGACUUUGAUUAGUCCUCGCUUCGUGUUUCUGAUCGGAAACGCGAUAGUCAUCACUCUGUUCGCUAAAUCGGGACAGUUCUCUGGUACGGAUCUGAGCAAGAAGAAUUCGGUUGCCGAUCUUUACGAGGAGUUCAUCCAAAACAGCGAGAAGAAUCAAAGAACUCGUCGCGCCGAGAUCAAGUACCGAAUCAAGCAGAUCGAUAGCGGAAACGUCCAUGGCGACGCCUCCAUCAAGUAUCGAAUCCAGCAGAUCGAUAGCGGAAGCGGCAACGCCUCAAUCGUGAUAAAGAAAAUCGGUAAUCCUGAAGAAAUCAAACAUUAUCGGAGGAGUCAGUCGGAGAAAAUAGCGGUGGUACAGCGAGAGAAUCCGCACAGCAAACUGAGCCGAUCAGAAACAGAAAAAAGCAAGAAAAUCGUCCGAUUGAGUGAAGGAACAGAACAAAUCUCGUAUCCGGAAGAUGGAAUGAGCAACGAGGAGUUCCAGGAGAUGGUGGAGGCGUUCAUAGCGCGGCAGCAGAGGUUGAGAAGGGAGGAAGAAUUCUGUGGAUUUUAGAAAUCAAAGGUUUCACAUCUCGUUAAUCCUGCAAGUGAUUAGGGCAACUGUUCUUGUUAAUCUUCAAAAAUAAAAAAAGAAAAAAAGAAAAAAAGAAAAAA